AGCUGGAGUUGAGUCCCAGGGUUCGCAGAGCGGGUGCUGGCUGGCAGCCGCUCUGCCUCCCUGGUCCGCACUCCUCCGACGGCUGUGCAGCUCCUGGAGCCUGAGGCCACCCGCAUGAAGCCCCGAGGAACCCACUGAGCGCCGGAUCGGGCGCCGAGGGUCGCACCAUGGCCCUGGAGCAGGCUCUGCAGGCGGCACGGCUGGGCGACCUGGACACGCUGAGGUCCAUGCACGCCGCCGGCCUGCUGGUGCCUUCUCUGCGCGACCCGCUAGACGCCCUGCCCGUACACCAUGCGGCCCGCUCUGGCAAGUUGCACUGUCUGCGUUACCUGGUGGAGGAGGCUGCCCUCCCCGCCGUGGCCCGCGCGCUCAACGGCGCCACACCAGCCCACGACGCCGCUGCCACAGGCUACCUCUCCUGCCUGCAGUGGCUGCUCACACAGGGUGGCUGCAGAGUGCAGGAAAAAGAUAACUCUGGUGCCACAGUCCUGCAUCUGGCUGCCCGCUUUGGCCACUCGGACAUGGUGGACUGGCUGCUGCAUCAGGGCAGCGCGAACUCCGCCAUCGCCACAGACACAGGUGCCCUGCCUCUCCACUACGCGGCCGCCAAAGGAGACCUUCCCUCGGUGAGGCUUCUCGUCAAGCACCACCCUGAGGGAGUGAAUGUCCAAACCAACAACGGUGCCACGCCCCUGUACCUGGCGUGCCAGGAGGGCCACCUGGAGGUGACGAAGUACCUAGUGCAGGAGUGCAACGCAGAUCCUCACGUGCGCGCACAAGACGGCAUGACCCCACUACACGCCGCGGCGCAGAUGGGCCAUAACCCAGUCCUGGUGUGGCUGGCGAGCUCUGCAGACGUGAGCUUGUCGGAGCAGGACCACGACGGCGCCACAGCCAUGCACUUUGCUGCCAGUCGCGGCCACUCCAAAGUGCUCAGCUGGCUCCUGCUGCACGGCGCAGAGAUCUCGCAGGACCUGUGGGGCGGGACCCCACUGCACGACGCUGCGGAGAACGGGGAACUGGAGUGCUGCCAGAUCCUAGUGGUGAAUGGUGCGGGGCUGGAUGUCCGCGACCACGAUGGGUACAAGGCCGCCGACCUGUCUGAUUUCAAUGGCCACUUCCACUGCUCCCGCUACCUACGAACCGUGGAAACCCUGAGCGUGGAACACCGAGUCCUGUCCCGGGAUCCAUCCAUGGACCUGGAGGCAAAGCAGCCUGACUCCGGCAUGUCCUCGCCCAACACCACCAUGUCGGUCCAGCCUCUGAACUUUGACCUUGGCUCGCCCACCAGCACCCUCUCCAACUAUGACUCCGGCUCCUCCAGCCAUUCCAGCAUCAAGGGCCAACACUCCACUCGAGGGCUUGCCAGUGCAAGAGCUGCAGACUUACAGAGCUACAUGGAUAUGCUGAACCCAGAGCUGAGCCUGCCUCGGGGCAAAAUAGGGAAGCUGACACCGUCACCGUCACCACCACCACCACCACCACCACCUCCACCACCAAGCUUCCCCCCACCCCCGCCACCCCCAGGCACCCAGUUGCCCCCACCUCCACCAGGCUACCCAGCUCCCAACCCCCCAGUGGGGCUGCACGCAGAUAACAUCUACAUACAGACCAAGAGCAAGCUUCGCCAUGUGGAGGUGGUCUCACACAAGAAGGAGCCCAGCUCCAGCGACGGCCCCUCCCGGCUGCGCAGGCUGGACAAGGGGCUGCGCAGGCAGGACUCCAGCCGCAAACAGCGCUCGUUCAGCAAACAGCCCAGCACGGGGGACUAUUACCGCCAGCUGGGCCGCUGCCCCGGGGAGCCGCUGGCCACACGCCCGGGCAUGGCCCACAGCGAGGAGGCGGCGCUGCUCCCCGGGAACCACGUGCACAACGGCUGCUCAGCAGACCCCAAGGCGUCCAGGGACCUGCCACCACCACCACCGCCGCCGCCGCCGCCACCACCACCACCGCCGCUGCCUGAGGCUCUGAGUUCGCCGCCACCCGCCCCACCUCUGCCCAUCGAGGGCGCGGGCGCAGGGUGCGGGCAGCGUCGCUCUUCGUCGUCUGCGGGCAAAGUGAGAGUCCUGAGACACAGGAAGAGCACCAAGUCUUUCAACAUGAUGUCCCCAACGGGUGAUAACUCGGAGCUGCUGGCCGAGAUAAAGGCAGGCAAGAGUCUGAAGCCCACACCGCAGAGCAAGGGGCUGACCACAGUGUUCUCGGGCAGUGGGCAGCCAGCCUCCCAGCCUGAGUCACCGCAGCCAUCACCACAGCCGUCAGUGUCACCAGGGCCAUCUCGGGCCAGGAGCCCCACCCCGCCAGCCUCUGGGCCUCAGCCUCUGCUCAAUGGCAGUGUCGUGCCGGCACCACCCGCCACCCCGGCACCGGGAGUACAGCUGGAUGUGGAGGCCCUGGUCCCCACACUUGAUGAGCAGGGCCGGCCCAUCCCAGAGUGGAAGCGCCAGGUGAUGGUUCGGAAGCUGCAGCAGAAAGUGCAGGAGGAAGAAGAACAGAGGAGGAAGGAGGAAGAGGAGGAGGCCCGGCUGGCCAGCCUGCCUGCCUGGAGGCGGGACAUUCUCCGGAAGAGGCUGGACGAGGAGAGGGAGCAGAAGCGAAAAGAGGAGGAGCGACAAAAACAGGAGGAAAUUCAGAGGGCGAGAGAACAGUCAGAGAAGCUGCGGACACUGGGCUACGACGAGGCCAAGCUCGCGCCCUGGCAGCGACAGGUCAUCUUGAAGAAGGGAGAGAUUCCAAAGUAAUAGGAGUCUUGGCCUCUGGUGUAACCUCACAAGUUCUGAGAGAUGGGGAGCGGUCCCCA